AUGGUCUCUACCAUAGUUACUACUGAUAAUCAAUCCCUCUCAACUGCUCCCAUGCCUCCCCCCUCACAGGAACUACUUCACGUGAUCUACUUCACGAUCUACUUCACGUGUGUAUGCAAGGCCGUCACGGGAUGCACGGCGCGCAAAGUGGAGGACCGCAUCCCCGGCCCGCCCCGCGGCAAGCACACCGCGCCACCCGCCGCCGCUGCUGGCCCCGCUGCUGCUGCUGCCAGCACUGCUAAUGCUGCCGAUGUGGCUGAUGCUGCUGAUGAUGCGGCUGCUCCUGCUCUUGAGGAUGAAGCCGCUCCGACCCGCCCUGAGAGAGUGGAGAUGCGCAAGGUGAUACGCAUGACGACCUCAGGCUUCCACAACCACCCUUCCUCGUUGUGCCUCAAGCGCCGCCGCCGGAGCAUCGACGCAGCAACAAGCGGCCCCAUGACUGCUCCUUUUCAACAACAGGCUUCAGCGUAUACAGCAUCCCUUACUGCCCUCCUUAAACCUCACCGUGACACGGCUCCUGCCCCUUCGCAAGCCCCUGGAAAUCCUGCCAAUGUCUCGCACAGUGGACCGUUCGCGGCAGUCUCUCCGCGCGUUUCCAGCAUGCAGUCCCGCGGCAAAUUCAAAGAGAUCCUGUGUGCAUCUAAACCACUCACUGGCCUCAUCCCCUCCUAUGUCAUAGGAGGCAGUGCCUCCUUCGGCGAACCCAAGGAGACUUGCUCUGCUCUUGUGCCUGCAGCUUUCUCGCAGAGGAGUGCUGGCACAGCGCGACAGGGAAGGGGAGGGGGAGAGGGGAGAGGGGUGAGGGAGGAUGAGGAGCAUACAACUGGCACGUGCUGUGCUCUUGCGCCUGCAGUUUUCUCGCAGAGGAGUGCUGGCACAGCGCGACAGGGAAGGGGAGGGGGAGAGGGGAGAGGGGUGAGGGAGGAUGAGGAGCAUACAACUGGCACGUGCUCUGCUCUUGCGCCUGCAGUUUUCUCGCAGAGGACCGCCGGCACAACGCGACAGAGAACCAUCGGGAGCAUGUAUGAGCAGAUUAUGGCACUCGGCAACGAGCCGGCGGAGAUCAGCCGGGCUGAGUUGAAACCCAGCUUCCGGUCUGACGGGGAUUUAUGCUUCCCUGCUGCGGUGGGGCUGAGCUACCAGCCUGAGGAGUUGAGCUACCAGGCUUCAAAGCGGCAGAGGGCAACGCCGGUGAAAUCUGAACCGGAUGGUCCCCUGGAGAGCCCCAGCGGCAGCUGCUGCCAGGAUGAGCCUCUCUGGCCUGCUGCUGCCACCUGUGCGUCUGCUCCACACUUCUCCGCCCCUGCCUAUGCUUCUGAACACUCUCAAAGGACAUCCCAUCAGAGUCACGACGGACUACCCUGGCCUGCUGUGAGCUCUGCGUCUGCUCCACAGCCGUCUGGUGGGCCCCUUGGGACUGCUGCUGCUUCUGGAGGUGCAUCGUCUGCCCAACACCUGUCUGGUGGGCCCCUUGGGUCUGCUGCUUCCAAACGCGGUUGUGUGAAGUUCUACCCUCGCCUGUCAGCAACGACGUGCGCCUCUCAAGGUGUGCUGCUCCGGAGCAGCCCCGGACUACCACAGCGCUUUCUGAACCAGUUUCCGAACCCAACAGGACCGGCAGAACCAGCAGGCCCGGCAGCUUCAGCCGUCCCAGCAUUCCCGGCAGCGCAUACAACCCCAGCAACCUCAGCAGCAGCGGAACCUCCACAAGACUGGCAAGCUCUGGCAAGUGCCAAGGGUGGCGAAAGCAGCAAGAGUGAUGUAGCGAUGCUGCUAGGCGAGCUUCUGACACCGGCUGAAUGGGAGGUGGUGCUCUCGCGGAUGGUCCAGCGGCAAGGACCGUCGGAUGAAGGAGAGCAGCAGAUGCUAAACGGUGUGGAUGAUAGCAGCAGCGCAUGCAUGCACACGGCUCAAGCAGAGGUGCUGCGUGCAAUGAAUGCAUACCAGGACCUCGCCUUUGCGUCUCCCACUCAAAUCGGGGCGUCACCCCUGCAAGAACCCCUGCCAUUCGCUCCUGCUGCUGCUGCUGCUGCUGCUGCUGCUGCUCAGAUCGGUGCUUCUUCUGCUGCUCCGUCAAUGUUUGCUCAAUUCACACCUGCCGUACCUAACACUACGGGAGCUACCCCCUUGGAUCCUUCAGCCAAGAUCAAAACCGAGGUGAGCACCCCCCCCCCUCUCCCUUCCGUGCUCCUAGCAAGAGUCGGCACUGGCUUGGCCAACCUAUCCUGCGCCGACCUAUCCUGCGCCGAACCUAUCCUGCGCCGACCCAUUACUCCCCAAAGAGGUCUUCCCUGA